ACAACCCGCACUUCAAUAAAUAACCUAUGACGCUUGACUUCAACUGUCCUCUUUACCAUUCAAAAAAAGUCAACUCGAUCAAAAAAAAUCCCUGCACCAACAGAUUAUUUAUUUAUUUUUUUUUUUGCAAAAUGUAUCAACUAAAUUUGAACUAAAACAAUAUAAUUCGAAAACUAUAUAACCCACAGAGGUGCAUAUUCUCAAUCUCUAGAAAAUUGAAUGAACCAAAGACCGUAGGUGCCCAUAACAAUCAUCGAAGAAAGUAAGGGUCCGUGAUGGCUUUCACUCAACCUUCUCUUUAUCGUUUUCUCUCGAUGUUCCGGUUGCCAAAGAGAUGGUUACGCGCCCUAAGCUAAUACAAUUAUCGAAACCGAAACUUUUUCGGUAGUGUGGUGGUUGCCCCAUGAAGUACAGCAGGUAGAAGCAACAUGCCCCACUGCUGUGCCUGAAGGAAGUGAUCAAAACCCCUCCAUUAGCUAAGAGACUUUUACAUGGUGACGUUGACUUUAACUAUGACAAAGAUCAUGCAUUAGUUGACUUUAUCCAUGACAAAGAUCAUGCAUUAGUUGGAUACGGCCCAUCAAAUGUAUACUUUAGUGGUUGACAUUUGUCCACAAGUCCACUUAAGUGAAUCCUCAUGCUUUAAAAGGCCUAGCAUUCUUUGAAAGAAAAUUCACAUGCUUCGAGCGCCGUUUGCUCAAUUCUUCGAUGGCAAAAGGAGGAGAUGAAUCGGAGGCCAAUUGGGUCGCGGAGUGGCUCAACGACAACACUCGUUCUAUAUUUGUCGCGGGGGAGGGGCACGGUCCGGGGGACUCAGCCUUUCGGGCAGCUGAAAUGUGUUGCAGGUGCGGUUUUUACAUGCUGACAUAUUCAAUUGCGGGUGAGACGGUCAGCUUGAUCCCGAUCCUCUCUUGCAGGGUUUCGACACCGGAGAUGAGUUUAGCGAGCAAGUUGGACAGCAAGUACACGCUGCGGAUGAAGAUGUGCGGUACCGGGCUGGCUGACGACGGCUACAAGUGGAGAAAAUAUGGUCAGAAAUCUAUCAAGAACAGUCCCAAUCCAAGGAGUUACUACAAAUGCACUAACCCGCGAUGCAGUGCCAAGAAGCAAGUAGAGAGGUCCUCAGAAGAUCCCGAGAUGCUUAUCGUAACAUACGAAGGUCUCCACCUCCAUUAUACUGCACAAUUCCUGCUGUCUCAGACCCAGGACUAUUUCACCUACACCGCGAAGAAGCCCAAGUGCACGACAAUCCUACAGCCUGAUGUUCCGAUGUAUCAGUCGCUAGGAACAGACCAAAGAGGGCCAAACGAUGAACUUGAACGGAGUACAAAGAAUGCUGCAGACGACAGAAUGCAGAAUUGUAUACUUGAAGAUGUCGUGCAUAGAUCACAAGGCCUAUUGGAAGAUGUUGUGCCCUUGUUGGUGAGGAAGCCAGUCGUCUCAGCCGCAUUGUCAGAGGAUCAUAAUCUCUCGACGCGGUCUCCAUCUUCGACGCGAUCUUGGAGCCCUGUCUCCUCUUAUCUUGAUAUGAAUAUCUUUUCCAGCAUCCUGUGAGCAGUGAACAACCAGAUGCAAGCAAGUUCAACUUCAAAUUAUAUCGAAAUUCGAUAUGAAUUGGAUCAGGAUAUCGAUAUCUGCUAUGGUAGAAUGUUCUUACUUCCAUUUUCGAUGUAAUAGUUGGAUGUAGGAAGAUGUUCAAUAUGCAUGUAUAAACCUGAUAAGCGAGAUCUUGUUUGAUAUA